AUGGGUUUACUAAAUACAAACGACAAGGAAGUCAUCAAAAGGUCAUUACCUAAAUCAUCGAAUAAAAUCAUCGAUGUUGCUGUCGCAAGACUGUAUAUUGCAUACCCAAAUCCAAAUGAAUGGACUUAUACUGGACUCUCCGGUGCAGUAGCACUGGUAGAUGAUUUAGUUGGUAAUACAUAUUUUUUGAAACUGGUAGACAUUCAUAGCAAUGGAGGAGUUGUGUGGGAUCAAGAAUUAUAUGUGAAUUUUGAAUAUAAUCAGGAUAGAACUUUUUUCCAUACUUUUGAACUUGAAGAAUGUUAUGCGGGUCUUUUAUUUGAAGACAUAAGCGAAGCCUCACACUUCUUAAAAAGAGUUCAAAAAAGAGAGAAAUAUGGCUCGAAAAAGACUAUUAGCAAUAAAAAUGCAAUCGCUUUAACAAAUAAAUUAAAGGCUGAAAAUGCAAAUAAAGUUGUACAAGGCCCUCGUGGGGAGUCUAUGAUCGAUAAUCAAAGAAGGCGAUAUGACUAUAGUGCUGGUCCAACAGCUCCAAUAACAAAAAACAAAGCCCCUCCCCCACCCCCACCGGGAGCUCUAUCCAAUGUUCCUGGUGGAUUUGCCAAUAAUUCUUCAGAAGUUACCUCUAGUGAUGAAGAGGAGACUAGUAAAAGUAAUAGCCCGUCAUCAAAACCUUUACGCCAACUCCCACCUUUGGAUCCUAAAUUCAUGAAUAACAACAGUGGAGCACCACCAGCACCUCCAGCACCUCCAACAUCUCAAGGGUCUCCGGCAGUAACACCAACAUCUCAUGCACUACCACCAAUCCAAGACCGCCCACCUGUAGUACAUCCAACUGUAGCACGGGAAUCAUCAACUGCCUCCACUACACCUACUACACCUCUUCGUAGCUCGUUACCACCGACCCCUGGACAACAAGGUAAUAAUAAGAACGCAUUACCCUUCCCAAUUCCAGCUGGUGCUCAAGCUAUUGCACCCCCACUGCCUGCUGGCCAUCGCCCUACUCCAAAGCCACCUUCUCAACCUGGAUAUACUAAUAAUAAUAAUAAUAAUAAUAAUAAUGAUAACCGCAAUAGUUACAAUAACCGCAAUAGCUAUGAUAAUCGGAACAAUUAUGAUAACCGUAAUGAUUACGAUAACCAUAACGACUAUAACAACCGAAACAGCCACGAUAAUCGUAAUGAUAAUUAUAACAAUAACAGUUAUAAUAGGCCAACUCCAUCAUUACCAGCUAGAAAUAACAAUGGCCCUCCUCCUCCUUCAAGAAAUAACAAUGCACCACUACCACCUGCUAGAAACAAUGGACCUCCACCUCCCGCUAGAAAUAAUGGACCACCACCUCCUGCUCCGAGAAGAGGGCCUGCUCCACCCCCACCUCCAAAGAGGCAUACUUCAUCUUCACAACAAGAUCAAAUGGGUGGUUAUGGUAAUAAUUCAAAUAGACAGGGCUCACAAGGUCCUCAGAGAAGGGGUCCAGCCCCACCACCUCCACCUAGAAGUUCAAGACUUAAUCAAAACUCAUACCAAGAAAUACCACCACCACAGCAUAAUUCAUAUCAGCCACUGCCACCUCCUCAACGUGAGGAACGUAAUUCGACGCCUACUCCUCCUCCGACUACUUUUGGUCAAAGACCUUCUAAUAAUUAUUAUGCAGAUAACAAUUCCUCGAUACCUCCCCCUCCUCCUACUUCGUUUGGUCAACGUCCCGAAUCGAAUGGGCCACCACCAAUGCCAUCCAGAAAUUAUGAUCAGAGACAACAACCAGCACCACCAAUGCCAUCUAGGAAUAACGAUCAACACACGAAUGGUUACGGAUCUAAUCCUCCUCCCCCAGCUCCUCCAAUGGCGUCAAGACCAAAUGAUCUGCAAAUGAAUAACAAUGGAUCUGUGCCCCCACCUCCGCCUCCGGCGUUCUUACAACAGCCACAAUCCAAUGGUGGAGGCCCACCUCCGCCUCCUCCACCACCUCCUUCUAUGUCUAGUGGUGAUUCUGCGCCAUCAUUACCACCUAGCUCGGGGGAUACCGGUAGAGAUGCAUUAUUAGCAUCAAUCAGAAGUUCAGGUAUAGGCAAUUUACGUAAAGUUGACAAGAGUCAAUUGGAUAAGCCAUCUGCAUUACUACGUGAAGCUAAGGGUGAGCCAUCACCAGCAAGUUCUCACACUACUGGAGGUGGUAUGGCACCACCAGGUAGUGCUCCCGGCGGCUCAUUAGCUGAUGCAUUGGCUGCUGCAUUGAAUAAAAGAAAAAUAAGGUAG